AUGAGAAACACUGAAAAAUAUGGAAGGUUUUCGAGCUGCAGAGGCGUAGCAUUUGAAAUCAAGCCGCAUGCCGACCUCUUCGCCAUUUCGGACCGAAGCCGAUUGACUAACCAGUCCCGCAGAUCUUGGGGUCAAUGGAGGAGCAGCUUCGCUCGGAUCAUUCCAUCCUCCGACCUCAUCGAGAGGUCUCUCAGCCGCGAAAGCAGCCAUUUCUGCGAUUUAGACGACGAUGAAGAUGAAGAUGGAGAUGUCGAAACCCUUGCCGACAUUGAAGAAAGCAACAAGGAAUGUAUUGUAAAUCCGACCAAACUCCACCUUAUCAUCUUCUUCCCCCGGUUGGAUCAUCCUCAAUCCGCCACCAAGAAAGAGCCUCCUUCAUCGCGCCUCUCCGUGAUCCUCCUCGACCAAGGCCUCUUCACCGUUUACAAGCGCCUCUUCGCAGUGUGCUUGGCACUCAACAUCACCGCCUUAGUCCUCGCCGCCACCGGAAAAUUCCCCUACGCCUCAGACCGCCCCGCCCUCUUCUCAAUCGCCAACAUCUUCGCCUUGGUCCUAUGCUGCAGCGAGGCCGUUUUACGCGUCGUUUUCUGGCUCGCGGUGACCGCUCUAGGCCACCCAUGGAUCCCCCUCCGCCUCAAACCCAUGACCACCGCUCUGCUCCAAUCCCUGGUGAUUGUGACGAGUAAUCCGGAGGGGAGUAGGGAUGUGGUUGAUGCAUGCAAGGCUAAUGGGAUUGCUACUUUUGGCCCUAUUUGGGAUUCUUGGAUCUCUUUACCCGUGUCGAGUUCAAGUGAGACUAUGAAUCGCGGAAAGAGGGAGUAUGAUUUUAUAGCGUAA